AUGCCCGGAUUUGCUAAGUUUGUGAAAGACCUUCUUACGAAGAAAAGGUCUGUUCAACAUGAGACAGUGAAUUUGACUCAUCGUGUUAGUUCAAUUAUUUCUUCCACCACAAUUCAGAAGAAGAGAGAUCUAAGGGCGUUUACCAUUCCGUGCAAUAUUGGGCUUUAUGCAUUCGCACGUGCUCUGUGUGAUAAUGGGGUGAGUAUCAACUUGAUGCCCCUUACUAUUUCCAAACAAUCUGAAUUGGGGAUUCCUAGACCGACUUCUAUGCGAUUACAGAUGGUAGACAGAUCUAUCAAGAAGCCAGUUAGGGUUAUAGAUGAUGUGUUGGUACAAGUGGGUAAGUUCAUGUUACCUGCUGAUUUCGUGAUUCUGGAUGGUGCGGUGGAUAGAGAUAUUCCAAUCAUCUUGGGAAGACUAUUCCUUGCUACGGAUAAAGCGCUCAUGGACUCUGAAAAGAAUGAAAUUAAGUUCCGAGUGAAUAAAGUUACCAAGCGAUUAUUAGAAUAUCUCGGUUAUUGA